GAAGAACAUUAAUUUUUAGAUACUCAUAUAAAGGAGGAACGGGCGGUAAUCAAUCCCCUGGGAUCCAUAUCAUAUUCCCACACCCUGUCCGUUCUCGUUUCUUUCUUCCUCUCUCCAACAUUCCAAGUCAAUCUAUCUAUAUAUGUAUACAUACGACGUGUAUAUAUCGGCAUUGCUUGACCAAGAGCGAUACGUUUCACAUCAUUCCGCCUAGUCAAAUACCACUACUUACGCUGAAAUCCACACCUACACCUAUCUACCGUCAUUCACAUUUCUUGUCGAUCAACGAUAUCAGCCACCAUGUCCCAACCGCGGUCCAUCGCCUUCCUCGGCGCCACAGGCGGCAGCGGCCGUUCGACGCUCCGCCACGCCCUCGCCGCCGGGGUAACCUGCACCGCCCUCUGCCGCACCCCAUCGAAGCUGGCCGCCGACUUCCCCGCGUCGUCGCACCCCCGCCUGACGAUCCGGGAGGGCAACGCGCACUCGGUAGACGACGUGUCAGCGGUGCUCGUGGACCCCUCGGACCCGACGCGGCUGGUGGACGCCGUGUCGUUCAGCAUCGGCGGGGCGUUCGACUUCUCGCGCAUGGCGAUCCCGGACCGCGACGUGUGCAACAAGGCGCUGACGGCGCUGCUGGAGGCGCUGCGCGGGUUGCGGGCGCGGGGGGUCGUCGGGCGGCCGCGCCUCAGCGUCGUGUCGACCAACGGCAUCGCGGACCGCCGCGACUUCCCGCUGCUCGCGUACCCGCUGUACCACUACAUGCUCAAGAUCCCGCACGACGAUAAGCGGGUCAUGGAGGACGCGCUGUUCAGGGAGGCGGCGCGCGGGGAGGGGGAGGAGGGGGAGGAGGAGGGCGAGGCGUGGACGAUUGUGCGGCCUAGCUUACUCACGGAUGGGGCGCUGUCGGGGAAGACUAUCCGAUGUAGUGUCAAUGAUCCUAUUGCCCGCACUUGGGAUAACGAUGUGGUCGGGUGGACUAUUUCUCGGGAGGAUGUCGGGAAGUGGAUGUGGGAGAACGUUUUGCGGGAUGGGAAAUAUCUCUACAAGGCGGUCUCCAUCACGUAUUGAUUUUUGUUCACAGUAGGGGAGAGUAUGGGCAGGGAAGGGAAGGACGAAACACUGUCGCGAUGAUCCAGCUUGGAGUUGAGCGUGUUGGAACUCGCUCGGGACUCGUUAUAUAUGUGUAUAUACUAUUCUCAUACUCCGUCUCAACGAGGACCUCACAUCUACUCAUGCAGCUUCUAAGCAGCUUUAUUUGCC